CUAGUCUCACAUCUCGUUCUUUUUUACUUUACAAUUUUUCCAUUCGUUCCCUUCAACAUGAAGACAUUCGUUGCAUGCGGCCUGGCUGCCGCCUUUUCAAGCCUCGCGCUCGCUCACCCCCUCCAAGCCCGACAAAACGCAACCGCUCCUACGUUCGGAACCUGCAACUCUGCGGCCAGCGUUACGUCCAGCGCCUGGGAUCCUCCUUCGUCGCUUACGACCGGCCUCGAUGAGGUCUGGGCACACGAGAUGUCCACUUACGGUGGCGAUCCCCUGACCUUCAAGAACUAUGGUUAUGACCACCUGAUCGACACCAAGGCCAACAUACAAUACUGCGUCCGCUGGGACAGCACGAAGUCCGUCACCGCCGCCCAGCGCGCCAGCAUCGAGACUGCCCUGCAGAAACAGUACAACAAGUGGGUCGAAGGCGCUCUUGCCGGCUUCGAUGGCUUCCCCUACACCACUGCCAACGUCAAGGUCGUCGGCUGGGCAACUAACAACACCGCUCUUUUCGAAGGCACCGUUGCCGAUGGCGUCACCGUUUACAGCAGCUCCCCUGACGUAAAUGGUAUUCCUGAGUGUGACCCGGCUUGUGGACGUGCCAUCCACUACACAGACGGCGACUACUCGGGCUGUACUGGAGGCGAUGCCGCCCGCUAUGAUGUGAGCUUGUGGUUGACUGAUGGCCUGGAUGGUGGCUUCGGCGGCGACUGGGGUCAGCAGGUCGGUACUGACUACAUGUUGGAGAACGUGGAGUCCGAGAACAUCCACAUCCUGCUUCACGAGAUGGGACAUACCCUGGCACUCGACGACUUCUACGACUGGACCCCCACUGGUGUCACCAACUUCAUCAUGCUUGCUGGUUCCGCCAUGGAGAUUACCGAGUUCGACGCUUGGAUGGCCAAGGAUUGGUGGAGACACCUUAAGAGCCGCUACAACCUGUAGGCGAUUCGACGCUCGAUGCUUCUUUGUAAAUAUUUCUUUUUCAUUUCGUGAUCGAACUGUUUGUGUAUAUACUUUUUUAUGAU